CCGGCUGAACCCGAGGCAUGCAGGGCGCUGCGCUGGAAGUAUGCACGGCGGGGCGCUGCGCCACUGGAAGUCCUUGGGCGGGCGGGGAACCCAGCCCAGGGCGGACGACCGCGCCGCGUCGGCUACAUACAUCCCACGACGGCCGCCCCGCUGGAGCAGUCAGACACCGACAGCCGCCGCGAGCACAGCCGGAGGACGCACCGGCACUACCAGCGACGUCUCUCGCCAUGGACGCGACUUCUCCGCUCAGAGCGCUGACACUUAUGUUGACGAUCUUGCUGCUUGUCGUUUUACUGUCGUUUGCAUCCGAUGCUGAAGCGUACACGGAAGUGGCAGCUACUAGGAUUAGGGACCGUCUGAAAGUGCACGUCGGUUUUCCGUCGAGGUAGUUGGAGGCGUGGAUCACCAACCAUGAAACCUCUCACCAACCACCAGCCAACCACUGACGCCAGAGAUCUGUCCACUGUCCAGCACAGACAACAGUGAAUCAGCUGACGCUUCAGACACAUUAUCCAAUGAACUGGACUUCAUUGCAUGUUGUACAACAUGUCAGAAUAAUAUUUAAGUUCCUGAGUUUUCUUCAGAGCCUGAAAUACUGGACGAACCAUUGAUUUCAGGUGUUGCCUCGAUGGAUUUUGUCACCGAUGUUUCACUGUGUGUUAGUAAUAGGGCUGCUUUCAGUGUGAAAAUUUAGCAUUUCAUUUCCUGUUAUCUAACAGAAAACUCGAAAAGAAGCGCUAAGUUAAUGUGACUUACAGUUCCUCAAUGGCAAAUGGCCAGUAGUGUCAAAUAAUCAUGUGGUUAGGUCAAGGUUCACAGUCACAAAAGAAAUCUGAUCUCAUCGCGUAUCCUCAUCGGUGUCUUGCUCACAGUAUAAGUUUACUAAGUGAUCAAGUAACUGUGAAUAUUAAUUAUCCUGUAGAGGAUGGGAUGGUACAAGCUGAAGAUUACGGAUCUAUACUUGUCCACUAUAAUCUCAAAUACUGAAAAAAUAUGACACUAUGAAUACAAGGAUCAUGAGAUGGAAAUGUGAAUGGCUGUCAACAUAGAGAAAAUAACAUAUUUCAUGAAUUAAUUAAUUAUCUUAGUGUUUAGCUGUAGAAUAUUACAUUCCUUUACAAAAAGAAGAAAGUACUAUUAUCUAGAAACCUCCAUCGCGGAGUAAAACCUCCUAUCUCCAAAUACAGAAACAAUGAUUCCAGUUAGUUAGCGGAUGCCUUUUUCCUAUCAGUUCCAGCAAGAAUAAGAGUUCUUUGGGAAUGAUACCUACUGUCCAUCGCUUCAAGCUUCUCUAGCUGCACCAAGAAUAUUUACCCGCAUGUCGCACCUUAUGCUAUGGAAUGGCAACAAUUCCGUUUCCUGAUUUCAAGUGUUAUUUCUCAGUAAUUAACGACAGACAUUGGUAUUAAAGCUCCGAAAUAAGCUUUCAAAUAAAACGAGUGGUGCAACAGUGGAAAGAAGAUUGGAGGAAAUUGUGAGACUGCACGAAUAUUAAGUGAUACUAAUGUAUCAGAAUGACUGUAUUUUAUGUUCUGCUGUUAUAUUUCUCCACACACGUUAGCUCUUUCACACUUCUAUCAUCAUUACAAAUUUCAGUAUGUGUUUUACAAAUGAAUCAAGUUUUUCAGUUUGAGUGAAGUACUUUACAAUUGAUAGUAGCGUACGAGUGACUGAUAAAAAAUAGAACUUUUUUUUAAAUCUUUAAAUAUUUGUAGAAUAUGCUUUGCAUCUACCUGAAAAUUACAGGAAAUGUAUGUCACAUCAUUAUUUAUUCAGAAUUCUUGAAGCAUUUGCAAUGUGGUGUGUUUAUGUGUUGGUGAUAACUUUCGCAUAUA